AUGACUCAUUUAUGCCUUGUAUUUUUUGUAGAUCCUAUCUCCACUUUCGGAAUCAAUUGUCGAAUGAUCAAAGAGAAUGGCAAAAUCGACUCCGAGGGACCUUUGAGCAGCGACUCAGAAGCAAAAGAGUUCUUCUCGAACGUGCAUUACAAGACUGUGACAGAUGCACUAGCCAUGUUCCAGAAUGAUGAUCUGAUCGCCGCUCCUGGGUCGAAGUUCAGAUUUUUCUCCUCUGUUGGGAGUAGGACUUUCGCAGGACUGUUUAACGUUUUAAGUGAUUUCUACAAUAAGUUGAACGCAUUUCUAGUGUUGGAGCUCACACAUCACAUUUGUGGUUGA